AACUUUUCUGUCGGAUAAAAUUCUUUAUUUCUUCAAGUUUGUCCUGCAUUUUGUCAUUGUACAUGAAUGUCCUGCAUGCCUGGGACUAGGAGAACAAAGAGGCAGGUACAACUUGUGCACAAGUUUGGAACUUAAUGUUGCUUUUUGGGGGGAAAUGUUACGAAGGAAAUGCUGGACUCCAAUACUGACCGGACGAACACGUAGUAUUCAUUGAGAUGCAUGGAUGGAAACGACCACAAGCAUGCAAGGAAUUAAAAACCUUUCUCGUACAAAACCGCACCGACUCCCCAAACCUCGUCAACCUUGUUAUUAUGGUGAGCUGCAACCAUCCAAACUGAUGAUUGGUAAUCGAAACAAGAGAGACAGAACACAACAUGGCAGGUCUUCUCGGUCGAAAAAAGAAGAAGAAAGCUCAGCUGGAGCUGAACGGCGAGCUACCGUUCUUCGAUGUGCACUACCUGGGUCGAACCCUCACCAAGACAAAGAUGGGUCGAGAGUGCACCAGGCAUGCCGUAAGCGAUCUCGUCAAGAAGGCCCAGGGCCGGGAGCUUCAGACGGUCAGCUUAACCAUAUCCAGUAGGGGUAUAUGGGUCACGGAGAAAUCUGGCCAUCGGAGUGGCCGGGAGACAUUCAUUCCGAUUUACUCGGUGACUUAUGGAGCUGCUGACAAGACGUAUCAGAACGUCUUCACUAUAGUCACUAACUAUCGUCCGCAGACGAAGAGUGACCAGGGACAGGAGAAGGACAGCGGUAGUAGUGGGGUAGGUUCAAAUAAUGGCAGCAAUGGUGACACUGUGGUUGUUGAUGUCAACACCAAGGGCAAAGUUGAUGACUAUAAGGCUUUGAAAUCUGCCAAGUCCUCAGCCGAGGAGAAAUUUGUAUGCCAUGCUUUCCUUUGCCGUGACCCCGUGCUUGCCCGUGCGAUGGUUGUGUACCUCCUGAAAGCCUUCAAGGUGGCCUUCGAAGCUUGGAGCAGGUGCUUAAAGAGUGAGCAACUCAGGGAGAGGAUCAAAGCAGGACCCGGUGUGGUGCUGGACUCGGACCCCAACAAAACAGACGCGAGCCGCAAAGAGUCUCGCAAGAGCAUACCUAGCAUUGAGCCGAGUAAUAAACCACCCGAAGAAACGACUGCUCUCGUGGACAAAGUUGCCGCCUGGAUGGAUAGAUGGUUCCAUAUUGGGACCAGCAAGAAGCACAAUGUAUCCUCAUCAGAUGAUAUUCACCCGGACCUGCUUGAAUUCGAAGAGUUUUCGAGGAGAAUGCAGGAGUUUUCUGACCCGACUGUGCUGAACUUUGAUGUGGACAUUGAGGAGGAAUUGAAGGAUGUGGAGGUGUGUAGUGUAUUGAACGAUGUAGCGACGCGAGAGCCCGUAGCAUUGGAGGAUGGGCAGGAUGAGCCAUCCAAUAACGCAACACACUCUAGUGGAACUCGUAGGGCAAAAAGUGUCCCAGAUGGACGCUGAUAUGUUUUUUUUAAGAAACACGAAGGGUAUUAAGUUUGACAAACUGGGGUGCCGAAUAUAGAAUGUUUCUCCUUAAAAUUUUGCAUGAAAUGUUGCCCCGUUAGUCCCGAUUUCUUGAUCAUACUAACCUGUCGCUUAGUCGCGAUAUUUUCUUGGAACCAUACAUCGGACAGUCUGUGUCUUUAAACUUCAGAUGAGAGUGAGAUUUAUUGUGACCAUUUUGAGAAACGCAAGUGGUAAUCAAAAGCAAAAGCUAAUUAUGAUUAUAUUUGUAACAGAAUAUGACAUAAGAAUAUUUAUUUAUGCAUUUCCUGCUCUCAACAGUAAUUUAGCUAAGCAAUGUAGUGUAGGUGGUUCUUUGUUAGUUUGUUUGCUUGUUGCUCUUGGUGUUGUUUUGGGAAUCCUAAGUAAAUAUUGCCAUAAGCAAAUCUCUGUGCCACCGCUAUUCAAUCUUUCGGGGAAACUAAUCUGGUCCCAAAUUUAUAGAGCUGUUAGCAGAAAAUACUAAUUAGCAAAUUUGUUUUGCAGAUCAAAUAAUGGAUGGGCGUCAUUUUCAACAAUGUCAACUUAGAGGAAUUUUUUCCUGUGCUUAGCACAACUUUGUGCUUAUAAUAGGCUGAAUGAAAUUGGGCCUAUAGUCGACUGACUAUUUUAAGAUUACCGCAAAUCUUUGAAGAAGCUCAGUUCAGUGUUUUCCUCUCGGAAGAAGUCUAUCCUUUAUCUUUGGUCCGUGUUGGUGUGUAUUUUUGUUGAAAAGAACACCCAAUGACAAGCUUAACAGAAUAGUAACGCAUUUUGUAGGUGAACACUGAACCAGUAGUUCAUUAUUAUCUUCCUUAACUAUUUUGUACACGUGACACCUCUCGGCAUUUUUUUUUUAAAGACAUGUACUUUUUAUUCAGAAAAUUAUCAAAAUUGUACUGUAAAUAUUUAUUGAAUCCAAAUUAUUCCUUCUAAGGCAACAAGUCGUUUUCCUACUCUCAUACGAAAUGUUUGCUAUUAAAUUUGUUAUUCUUUUGAUAUAAUAGUUGUGUAUAUGUCACUGUAAUUCACAAUUUUAAACUCAUAUGGCACUUUGAUAUCUGAUCUGAAAGUCGUGUAUUCUUUGUGCUUUUUGGCGAACAACCAACAUGCUAUGUAAUUGAAAUUUCAGUAUUUUCAUUAGAAGCAUUUUUUUCUUUUGCACAAUAAUAUCACAAUAUUUUAACACUGCAGUGUAUUGAGCAUGCUUAAUUUGGAGUGACAAGUAUGUUUUUCAGAAACAAACAGGUGGUAAGAAUCAUGAUCACACAACACAUGAGGGGGUGCUUGAUUUGGGUCAAAAACAGCUGCAUUAAAACGGGAGAAGAACUGGAUUGUUGCAUCAACAAUUAACAAGUUCAAGUGAAGGUAAUGGAGUCAUCUUUGUCGCUAAUAAUUCCUCAAAUAUCCUAUCAUUAGAUAUUAUAAUAAGUACUUUAUAUGCACAAGCUAGUUUAUUACAAACUAAACCCAUUCUUAUUUAUUUAAAAUGGGCGUUCUUCCUACCAAAUAUUGUAUUCUUGGUAAUAUUAUUCAGAGUGAUGUAAUGUGCCAUUUAAUUACGUGUAUUAAUUCAGAGUAAUUCUUUGAUGUUUAUCUGACUUUUAUUGUUUAUAAAACGGAACAUUUCUUACUUCACAUUUUAAUAAACCUUGACAAUGUUCUCUGUAUUCGGAUCGCUUUGUUUUAUGGUUGUUGAUUCUAUCACCCCACCCCCCCC